AUUAAGGAAGCUGACAGUCAGCUGCCGCGAUUGUAGAAACAGCGUAGGCCAGAGCAAGUGCUGACUCUGGCGUAGCUUUCUAUUUUUCUUUCUGCCUGUUGUUUGUCACGGUUCAACUGCGGGAUGGAUGAGACGAGCCCGCUAGUAUCUCCGCUCCGGGAUCCUCCUGAUUUCAGUUACUGCCCUACGGGGCCUUCGAGUCCACGGACUGGAUUCGCGGGCAUGCCUGGUUCAGUUGUUCGAGUACCGGCAGGCAGCCCGAGUCGAAGCCGGGAGCGUCAACCUUUACUGGAAAGAGACCGAAUGAAUUCUCCCCGUGACCCUCAUCGGAAUGAGUUUCCAGAGGAUCCCGAGUUUAGAGAGAUCAUCCGGAAAGCAGAACAAGCGAUAGAGGCCGGGAUAUUCCCCGAAAGGAUCUAUCAGGGCUCAAGUGGCAGCUACUUUGUGAAAGAUAUGCAGGGGAAGAUCAUCGGAGUGUUUAAACCGAAGAAUGAAGAGCCAUAUGGCCAGUUAAAUCCCAAAUGGACUAAGUGGCUUCAGAAAUUAUGUUGUCCGUGCUGCUUUGGGAGGGACUGCCUGGUACUGAACCAAGGUUAUCUGUCUGAAGCAGGAGCCAGCCUUGUUGACCAAAAACUGGAACUUAACAUUGUCCCCAGAACUAAGGUUGUUCAUCUAGCAAGUGAAACAUUUAAUUACAGUGCAAUUGACAGAGUUAAGUCAAGAGGCAAGAGGCUAGCACUAGAGAAGGUGCCAAAAGUUGGGCAGCGGUUUCAUAGAAUAGGUCUGCCACCUAAGGUUGGUUCAUUCCAGCUCUUUGUCGAAGGCUACAAAGAUGCCGAUUACUGGUUACGGCGGUUUGAAGCAGAACCUCUUCCAGAGAACACCAAUAGGCAACUGCAGCUGCAGUUUGAAAGACUUGUGGUGCUGGACUAUAUCAUCAGAAAUACAGAUCGAGGCAAUGAUAAUUGGCUGAUAAAGUAUGACUGCCCUAUGGACAGUGGAGGCACCAGGGACACAGACUGGGUGCUUGUUAAGGAACCGAUUAUCAAGUUAGCAGCAAUAGACAAUGGCUUGGCCUUCCCACUGAAACACCCGGAUUCUUGGAGAGCCUAUCCCUUCUACUGGGCUUGGUUAGCUCAAGCCAAAGUACCAUUUUCACAGGAAAUCAAAGACCUUGUUUUGCCAAAAAUCUCAGACCCCAACUUUGUGAAAGAUCUAGAGGAAGACCUUUAUGAGUUAUUUAAGAAAGACCCAGGAUUUGACAGGGGACAGUUCCAUAAACAGAUUGCAGUGAUGAGAGGACAGAUAUUGAACCUCUGCCAGGCACUGAAAGAUGGGAAAACACCUUUGCAGCUUGUGCAAAUGCCCCCUGUGAUUGUGGAGACUGCAAGGGCGCAGCAGCGCUCAACCAGUGAAUCAUACACCCAAAGCUUCCAGAGUCGGAGGCCGUUCUUCACGUGGUGGUAGACGUGCAAGAGAUUUGGGGAACAGUUGUCUCCCAGCAUGUUGGAACAGCAACGAGAAUGAGACAGGAAACACAUUUUUUUUUCUGGGCUUCUCAGUAAAUUUUUUGUUUUUCCCGAGCUCUUUCCUUAGUCUUUAAGGCAUGUGCAUGGCCAAAGGACAUUAGGAAAGUGUUGUACAUAACAUUCAGGACUACAUUGCCAUUAAUUUCUUUAUCAGGGGAACAUAAUCUGAUAAAGAGGAAACAUUGCUGGGUAAGGUGGGGAGAUUUUAUUUUCAUGACCACGUCCUUUCCUCCUAUUUAACAACAUCGAUAUCAAUUUGGCAAUUUAUAGUUGCCAUCUUUCUGCAUAUUAAAGCCCUUAUAAGAGCAUUCCAUUCUGACCAUGCUUUCGCCAAGCGGAAAAGUUGGUAGCGAUUCAUGACCUUUCGUGGACAUUUGCUUGAGAACAAAUAACUUGAACUUCCACAGUGAAAUGGGUUAAUGCAAGAUGUAGUGCUUGGGUUAGUUGAGUGCAAAGAGAAGACAUUGAGCCAGGAUGAGGACCUGUACACUGUACUCGUACCUUUGACGACUAGAGACAAAGAGGCUGAAAUGACUGAGUGGACUUCCCAAUCAUGCUGAACUGAGAUCCACAUCUAGUAGGUGAGAGUCUCUUGGUGCCUUUAUGAAAAUGUUUCUUAACAUUUUCGGAAAUUAUCAGUUCAGUUAGUGGACCAUAUAUAGUUCUUCCUUUUUGCACUAUUACUAGGAAUUAGGAGCAAUUUAGUGUAAGGGGCGGAACUACUUUUUUUUUUUUUUUUUGCAUUAAAAUGUAUUUUUUAGCACUAAAUGUUUGAAUGUUCUUCAACAUUUUCUCAAAGGUCCUGUUUAAAACAAACCCACACAUCUCAGCUUAGGGGCCUUCAUGCUGGGGGGGUUAUCAUGAACAUGUGAUUCACUGAACAGAAUAAAAUGCAGCGUGCUCCGGCCCAUAUUUACUGUGACCAAGAAACGGUACUUAAUUGGAAGUGCUAAAGUGGAGCUUAUUUUCUGGAAACUGAGAGAUCAAAAUUUUAUUUGGAAAGCUCUUCUGAAUUGUUUUAAUGAAAAUGUGAAGUAACCUGUAUUAUUUAAAACUUGAUUGUUCUAAACUUACUGGCACACCAAAUGGUAAGUUGUCUGUGAUGGAAGGCUGCUUAAGUAAUUAAAAAAAAUGAUAUUGUUUUCCUAAACUUUUGUUUUAAACAGGUGGAUUUUUUUAUUGUUUAAUGUCUUAAAAAAUAUUUAUUGUUGCAGAGGGCUUUUGUUGUUUACACAAAUGUUUGCCAUAUUUUUACAGUUGGUGUCAAGUUUAUGGUACAGAUGGUCACAGUUCAUUUCUUUUAUUAUUAUUUUUUAACUAAUUCAGCAUGUCUUUAUUUUUUUGCCACUUGUUUACAUAAUUUGGAAGUAAUUUAAGACUAUGUUCACUCAGUGUUCCCUGUCCACUCCCUUUGUCUCAAAGUGUGAUUAAUCAGAGGAAGUCAUUUUGGAGAAGAAAGGAGCAGUGCACCCUUCAUGAGUGCCGGAGCCGUCCAGUAUUAGAACAGUGUAGUCCUCAGACAUCACGUUGGAUAAAAAGAGGGUACAAGAUGUAAGAUGAUCUAAUGUAAAAGUGUGUUUUGUUAGAAAUUACAGCUGCUGUCCACCCAGAUCUGGAUAAUGUCUGGCAACUGACAAUACAUAAACUUGAAUGAGUAGAAAAGAAGCUAAGAGCACUACAGCAACAGCACUAAGCCAGACUUCCUGACUUGAUGGACGUAUUUGCCUCAAGGCUGAGGCUUGGACGUGACUUGUUCAUACAGAUCUCUGCGUCACAGAAGGCAUUUAUGCUUGUAUGCAUGCAACAGAUGCUGCUUUUGGCAGUUUGAGAAGUUAAAUUGCCUGGACCAAGGCUUAACUUGGACAUGCAGGCAAAAGAGAUGAGCGAGGACUUAUUUGAAAUGAGGAAGAUGGUUUCUUGGGUGUCUGUGCACAGGCACUUUGGUGACGAGUCCCUGUAUGUUAAAAAAAUGUUGCAAAGAGAGGGGAGUCUGGCACUCUCCUUCACCCAUGAUUCCUUACGCAGAGCACUUGUGGUGGCUGCUGUCUGUCCCUCUGCUGUAUAAUUAAGCAAACUCAGUUGUCAAGUGGCUUGGCAAUUGUAGGCUUUCAUUGCAGUUUCAUUAAUCAUUUGAUCUAUAGCUGUACAUAAAUUUCUUGUUAAUUAGAUUUCAUUAUUGAUCUCCUUCAACAUUAAAGAAAUCAAGGCAGUGUUUUGCUUUACUGAUAAACACUGAAUUUUAUUGUUUCUCGACAUUUUCUGCAUCCAGUCUCUUAAGUCUGAGGCUGUUCUGGUUUGGUGAGCUGAUGCAGGUGUAAUGUCUGUAGGCAGUGUUCAUCUUCAAAGUCGACACUACAAGUCCUAAGUAAAUAGUACAGAUUUUUGAUAGUAUGUGACAAAAAAGAGAAACUUGCACUUUUGGUUAUCAUAUAAAGAAAAUGAAAACCAGGGGAAAAAAUGCCUACUUAAAUUAGCCGUGCUUCUGACUUUGACACUGCAAUGAAAACCUGCAACUCUGAAGAUGGGGUUUGUUUGUGCCUACGAUGGCAUCAAAAGACAAGGCCUUGUUGCACAUAAGAUUUAUUUUUUUCUUACCAAAAUGUACUGCUGUAGCUACCAAACUGGGCUGAAAUCCUAUUGUUCUGACAUUGCACUGUAUAAUUUGUAUGUAUUGUAUUUAAUGAAAGAAAUACUUAUAAAUGAAUCCAUUGUAUUCCUCUCAUGUUAA